AUGGAGAGCCUUCUCAAGAGAGCAGCUGCUUUUCCACACUGGUCCAAAGUCCCGAUACCCAAUUUCACGCUCUCGGCCGGUGGUCUGAUCGCCCUGGCAGAUCUGGGUACCAUUGCCCAGCGAACAGCCAUCACCGGCGGAUCAUCAUGGCUCGACAGCUUGCUGCUGGCGCCGGGACUCCAUUACCAGCAAGCCGCAGAUGCCCUGGCUGAUGAGUCCGCAAGGUUCGAUGCCGUGGAGCAGAUCCAGGGCAAGACGUCCACGUAUAGUAUCGUCAACCCCGCCACGGUGCGGUAUCUGCAGAAGGUCGGCAGGCAAGGCGAGAUCGUCACGGUCGACGUGGGCAUGCUGCCGCAGCGGCAGUACUUCAGGCGUGCGCGGCAGGGGCAACGCCGUGGGCAGCGUGCGACUAUCUGGAGGGACUCGGGCUCGGACCUCGGCUGGUUCUCGCAUCUGCUAUACCUUGCUAGUCCCGUGCUCACGGUGACGGCAAUCGUGUUUCUUGUCCUGCUGCAAGAGUGGUGGGGUAUAGCCCUCUUGGUGGCUCUGAUGCUGUCACGCGUGUUGAAUAUCUGGGUCAUCAAGCAGCGCUCCCAGCCUCCCAAGCCCCUGCCCCCAGACCCAGAUGUCAGCCACAUGCUGACCCAGUAUCUCGUUGAUCUGGGCAAUGGCCGGUCUGUCUGUCUCCGCGGCAUGGCAGACGACCUUCAAGCCAUCACGACUUCUUCAUGGCUCCGGACAAAGACCCACAUUGACGGCUACCUGGAAGCGAUGGCGAAGCUGAUCGUCUACGUGGUCGCAUCAUUCAGCGGCAACAUGUCUCAAGUCGGCAACAUCAUCUUCAUGGGUCUGCUGCUUAUCACAGCCGGUUUGCUCGGCCUGAGCAACGCUCAUGCCAAAACUUUCCAGAUGCACGGCCGGCUCGCCGCUCCCACUUCAGAGCGUUUGCCGUAUCCUCCCGACAAGCCCCCGUACCCGCAGAGUAGGGAGAACUUUGGCAGCAGUGGAAGUGUCUCAUUCCCUGCAACAACACCGCGAACGGACACGGGACUGACGGCGAUGACGGAUUGGGCCGAGAAGGGACAAGUCGGAGCUCCUCUUCGGGAAAGCUAUCCAUUCGGUCAUCAUGUUGAUUACCAGUAG